AUCGCAUAGGCGACGGCACCACUGCCUAUAACUAAGCUCUCUCGCCAGGCCAACUCCGGGGAGGCAUCGUCGCCGGACGAGCUAUUUUCUCUCAUGCACUCGCUCAGGCUGUCCAGUGGCACCAGCACGGGACUCGGCCGGUUCGCCUCCGCGACGUCGGUCGCCGCAGCUCGCGGAGGGAGGAGCGUGUCCGCCGCGCCGGGCAUGGAGCACCCCCGCGACGACACGCACAACACCAAGGAGGACGUGACGAGCCACCCGUUCGGGGUGGCCUACUCCACGAGGUCGGACGAGGAAGGCUUCGGCGGGGUGUACGCGAGGGACGACGACCGGCCGGCGUUCAGCCGUCCAACUGCCGAGGCGCAUCCGACCCAUCCUCCUCCUGACCAUGGCACCUCGCAGGUGAAGGAGGAGAAGGCGCGCCAUCUCAAGGACGACAAGCACGCCACCUAGCUUCAUAACUACUCCCUCUAUUCUAUAAUAUAAAAGCGUUUUUUACACUACUGAUAGUAGUGAUAUAAAACGUCUUAUAUUCGUUUACCGAGGUAGUACGUGUGUGUUUGCUUCAUCGCCGUGUCUAGUUUUAAGUUUGCCAUUAGAUGGCUCGAACUGCUUCUGAGGUUUGAAGCGAGCGAUGUAAAGCCAUGUUUUAAGGAGUUUAUCAUGUAAAAUAUCAAGGCAUGCUUCCGUGCCUUGCUAUCUAGGUUAUGCGUGCACCUAGCAUGAGCGGUAAAAUUAAGAGAUGAGUUGUUGAAGUGAUAGUGCCCUGUGGGCGUGGGAGCUAGAGUUCUUCUUUGGGCCGGUUUAGUAAGUCGGUUGUAGUGAUGUCUUACGUAAAGGACUCGAGUCUCCUUGUAAAAAAAGAGAAUGUUAUCCGAAA